AUGCAGUUCAUGAGCCAAUCCACAGGAUGGGCCGACAACAUUAUCCUAGCAAUGGCCCCGCUAGGUAUUAUCACUGCGAUUGUCGGGGCUAUUAGGGUCGGCGGCCCAACGUGGCUCCGAGCUAUCAUUGGAAGAGCAAGGGAGAGCCGGGCCGUCGUUGAGGCUGAACUGAUGUCCUCGACUUCGCGGGAGGUGUGCGAGCUCUGGAAUGGUCGGGAGAUUGUGAGGGUAAUGGGAGUGGGGCCUAUCUAUGAAUUCAUCAUCUUGCUACCUGGGGAGGAUGAGGAGGAUCGAGGGCCGGGAAACGGGGUACAGGUUAAAGGAUUGAGGGAACGCAAGAACGAGAGCCACGAAGUCGAGGAUCGUAUCUUCGACCCCUCCAAGGUAGUCGGGAUGUUCAAGUCGAUGCUCAACGAGAAGAACUCACUUGGCAGCGGGGAUCUCGAGGAAGCUUUACACAAGACUCCGAAUGGCAUCAAUUCCAAUGUGCCUGACACAAGCAACGAUCCGGGGCCUAGAACCGAACGUGGCGGCCGUCCGGUCGUCGUGAUUCGGAAUUUGGAUGCGCCCGCGCCUAACCUCACACUCAAUACACGGAACCAACUAAGCAGGGGAGAGUUGUAUCUGGUUGCGGUAGUCGGUACUCUUCUUCAGCUCGGCGUCCUCGUCUUCUCCGGAUGUGCUACCUACCACCCCGCCCUCAGGUCUAGGUGGCUCAAGGAUGGAAACCCCGCCGCCGACUACGCCUUUCCUUGCAACGCCGCGGGGACCCUGCUCUUGGUGACAGGCGUGCUGAUUUGUGCGCACGUCGUCGAGGGUAGCACAUCAGAAACAAGAUACCGGCCGGUCGAGGGCGAGGCCCGUGCCUUCGAGUCGUUUGCCAUAUUCCCCCGGCAACCACAGACCCUGAUCACAACGUCCCAGCGCUGGGACGCCGGGGGGUCACAGCCCAUACUUGGAGAGACCAUCGCCGUCAUCGGAGCAAUGGUCAGCCUUUGCGGCUUCGUCGCCCAGUUCGUCGGCUUACGCGGCAUGCACUGGUCGUCAUCGAUCGCCCAGCUCAUCGCGAUUGCCUUCAUGGUGGCCCUCAGAGCAUGGGUUCGCCGCAAUCUCGCGCAGUUGCCGGCGUCUCACCGCCUACUUUCGGGCCACGAGAUGGACUGGCUGGCUAUGACCAUCGCCGGGGAUCUCGCGAGAGCCUCCUGGCUGAAUCCCCCCAAAGACGGUGAGGAUACCAAGGCCGGGAACGACGGAGAUGCCCCACAGAACGACGGGGAGUUGGAUCGGCAGAGCAGGCCGUGGGAUUGGAAACCCACCGCCGUCGAGAGUCCGGAAACCCUCCUGGCCCUCCAAGACGCCGAUAGUACGAAUGCCGAUGGAUCGGAAAAUCGAUUGCAGACAAGGGCCCAAAGGGCAAUGAUACUGGCAGGGGCCGGCAUCCGCCGAGGCAAUCGCGCUGGCUCGCGCGAUUGA